UCGCGUCUCGCGCCUCGCGCCUCGCGCCUCGCGGGCCCCAGAAACCCGGAUCCAAGAGCGAGCGCGUUGCGCUCGCGCGCAGACUUCAGGUCCCGGGAGGGCGCCUGCGCACGAGCUUCCCAGGCGCGCGGGCUGUGGGGUUAUUAGAGGUGGAGCGCUAGGAGGGCGCGCGGCAGGAGGCGGCCGCCGUUACGGCGCGAGCGUGGUCACGUGGCCGCUGGUCACCGCCGCCACCCCCUCCCGCCCGGUUCUCUUUCAGGUCGGGCCUGGCCCGGCCGCUUCCGCGAGCGCCUGGCAGACUGAGGGAGAGAGAGAGAGAAAGAGGAGGGGAGGAGGAGGAGGAUUCAGGGAAUAGGAGCUGGGGAGCCCUUCUGCGCCACAGUGAUAUCAAUAUCAAGAUAAAAGUGUGGAAUGGGAGAAAAAUUCUCAAAGCCUGAAAGAAAAUCUGGAGAUGCUGUUUUUCCAGCAGUUAAGAGAGAACUUAGCUUGUCUCUGUUUCUUGAUUCCUCUUCAAUUUCUGUUUGCAAACCAAGACUUGUGUUUGGAGAACUCUGUUGUACUGAGCCUAAGUCAUUUUUGAUCUAUAACAAGAACAUGCAUUUUCACAUGUCAACCAGAUUUGUGGACCAGUAAAGUUCUCCCCAAAGAAAUCUCCUAUGAUAUUGUCUCAAGGACCACCUGCAACAGGAGCCCACAAAUUGAAUAAAUGCAACAUAAGGAGAGGAUUUUUUUUUUUCUGUUUUUGCUUGUUUCAAAAAUGCUACUAUCCAGAUUCUCUAUUAAGAGAGGAGUCUCACUCUGUCAUCCAGUCUGGAAUAUAGUGGUGCAGUCAUAGCCCAUUGUAGCCUCCAUCUCAAGGACUCAAGAGAUCUUCCCUCAGAGGCCUCCCAAGUAGCUGGGAUUACAGGUAGUUACUUUUGGUGACAUUGUCCAGUUCCCACAAUGUAUCAUUCCUUAUCUGAAACUAGACAUCCUCUGCAGCCAGAAGAACAAGAAGUAGGCAUUGACCCCUUGUCCAGUUACUCUAACAAGUCUGGAGGAGAUUCAAAUAAAAAUGGAAGAAGAACAAGUUCUACUUUAGACUCUGAAGGGACUUUUAAUUCCUAUAGGAAAGAAUGGGAAGAACUAUUUGUAAACAACAAUUACUUGGCAACAAUAAGGCAGAAGGGGAUUAAUGGGCAGCUGAGAAGCAGCAGGUUCCGCAGCAUUUGCUGGAAGCUAUUUCUUUGUGUUCUUCCUCAAGACAAAAGUCAAUGGAUAAGUAGAAUUGAAGAAUUAAGAGCAUGGUAUAGCAACAUUAAAGAAAUACAUAUUACAAACCCAAGGAAGGUUGUUGGCCAACAAGAUUUGAUGAUCAAUAAUCCUCUUUCACAGGAUGAAGGGAGUCUUUGGAACAAAUUCUUCCAAGAUAAAGAACUUCGAUCAAUGAUUGAACAAGAUGUCAAAAGAACGUUUCCUGAAAUGCAGUUUUUCCAACAAGAAAAUGUGAGAAAAAUUCUUACAGAUGUUCUUUUCUGUUAUGCCAGAGAAAACGAGCAGUUGCUUUAUAAACAGGGUAUGCACGAGUUGUUAGCACCUGUAGUCUUUGUCCUUCACUGUGACCACCAAGCUUUUCUACAUGCCAGUGAGUCUGCACAGCCCAGUGAGGAAAUGAAAACCCUCUUGAACCCUGAGUAUCUGGAACAUGAUGCCUACAUUGUGUUAUUUUAUUUUAUUUUUAGUGCAGUAUUCUCACAACUUAUGGAAACUGCUGAACCUUGGUUUUCAACUUUUGAGCAUGAUGGUCAGAAGGGGAAAGAAACACUGAUGACUCCCAUUCCCUUUGCUAGACCACAAGAUUUAGGGCCAACAGUUGCUAUUGUCACUAAAGUCAACCAGAUCCAGGAUCAUCUACUGAAGAAGCAUGAUAUUGAGCUUUACAUGCACUUGAACAGACUAGAAAUUGCACCACAGAUAUAUGGGUUAAGGUGGGUGCGGCUGCUGUUUGGACGAGAGUUCCCCCUGCAGGACCUUCUGGUGGUCUGGGAUGCCUUGUUUGCAGACGGCCUCAGCCUGGGUUUAGUAGAUUAUAUCUUCAUAGCCAUGUUACUCUACAUCCGAGAUGCUUUGAUCUCUAGUAACUACCAGACCUGUCUCGGCCUUCUGAUGCAUUACCCAUUCAUCGGGGAUGUACACUCACUGAUUCUUAAGGCUCUGUUCCUUAGAGACCCAAAGAGAAAUCCAAGACCAGUGACUUACCAAUUCCAUCCAAAUUUAGAUUAUUACAAAGCACGAGGAGCCGACCUCAUGAAUAAAAGCCGGGCCAAUGCCAAAGGUGCUCCCCUGAAUAUAAAUAAGGUGUCUAAUAGCCUGAUUAAUUUUGGAAGAAAGUUGAUUUCCCCAGCAAUGGCUCCAGGCAGUGCAGGUGGCCCUGUACCUGGAGGCAACAGCAGUAGCUCCUCCUCCGUUGUGAUUCCUACCAGGACCUCAGCGGAGGCCCCAAGGCAUCACUUGCAACAGCAACAGCAGCAGCAGCAGCAGAGGCUGAUGAAAUCAGAAAGCAUGCCUGUACAAUUGAACAAAGGCGAUGUAGUUACAGGAAGCGAUGCUCAGGUUUCUGUUCCUGUCCAGACUCUAACUGACCUCCAAGGGCAAAGUUCUAAAAACAUCAGUUCAUCUCCAAGUGUUGAGAGUUUGCCUGGAGGAAGAGAAUUCACUGGCUCCCCACCUUCAUCUGCUACUAAAAAAGAUUCCUUUUUUAGCAACAUCUCACGUUCCCGCUCACACAGCAAAACUAUGGGCAGAAAAGAAUCUGAAGAAGAAUUAGAAGCCCAAAUUUCCUUCCUUCAAGGACAGUUGAAUGACCUGGAUGCCAUGUGCAAAUACUGUGCAAAGGUGAUGGACACUCAUCUUGUAAAUAUUCAAGAUGUGAUAUUACAAGAAAAUUUGGAAAAAGAAGAUCAAAUUCUGGUUUCCCUGGCAGGAUUAAAACAGAUCAAAGACAUUCUAAAAGGUUCCCUGCGUUUUAACCAGAGCCAGCUAGAGGCCGAAGAGAACGAACAGAUCACGAUCGCGGACAACCACUACUGCUCCAGCGGCCAGGGCCAGGGCCGAGGCCAGGGCCAGAGCGAUCAAAUGUCUGGGGUCAUUAAACAGGCCUCUUCAGAAACGCCAGGGUGCACCGAUAGAGGGAGUUCCGAUGACUUCAUCCUGAUUUCCAAAGAAGAUGAUGGGAGCAGUGCCAGGGGCUUCUUCUCUGGCCAGGCCCAGCCUCUUCGCACCCUCAGAAGCUCCUCUGGGAAAAGCCAGGCCCCAGCCUGCUCCCCACUGGUGUUCUCAGAUCCACUGAUGGGCCCCGCCUCAGCUUCCUCCAGCAACCCCAGCUCCAGCCCUGAUGACGACAGUAGCAAGGACUCUGGCUUCACCAUUGUGAGUCCCCUGGACAUCUGACCACAGUGCCCAGUCCUGCCCCACAGGGAUCCAGCCACCGUUUAGUGGCCCCAAGGCCAGACUGAGGCUUGCCCAGUGGAGACCCUUCUGAAACCACUGCUUCCUUCCCGGCAUGCAUUUGGCAUUGGUCCAGCCCUUUGAAACCCCUUAGAGAGAAGCAUAUAUGGCCACAAAGCACACAGGCUUAGGUUUGCCAAAUGCAGACAGGGCUUUCUGGGCCCUUACCUAACCCCUACCCAACUCUUGCUCUGAGUUAGAGCUGAGUUACAUACCCAGUAUCACACUCACAGUUAGAAAAGUAGAAACACUUUUCCUCUGUCCCCUUCCUCCCAGCCAAGAAUGUGUGGCAACUCCAUCAGUUAUAGAGGAGAAAUAGCUUUUGCCUAUCUUCUAUUCCUCAAAGCAUCAGACAUAGGAAAAUUGGUUUAUACCAAGAAAGCUUCCUCUGUGGAAAUCUGUCUAAGCCUACUUUAUUCCUGCAUUGGGAAGCCAUAUCGCAGAUCUAAAUGCGAUAGAAUGAACUAGAACUAGUGGAUUCCAGGGCUGGGGGGAAGAAAACAAACUCAUUACUGACCUCUCAAAGUUAUAAUGAUCUCUGCAAACAGGGUCUAAACUUAGGAAUCAUAUUUAGGUGCGAUGUAGCAUCAGAUUUUUUUGAUGUAUUAAAGAAUGCAUCUCCAA